UAUAAUUGCGAAGAAAAGCAUUAACCUCGACUGGGAAUUCAAGUUGUCUCUUUUGACCGACCUGAUUCGGGGCAUGAAAUUCAUUCACAACUCAAACCUCCGAGUCCACGGGAGGCUGAAGUCCAGAAACUGCGUUAUUGACGGCCGCUGGGUGCUAAAGAUUACGGACUUUGGCAUACCCGAAAUUUAUGCCCUAUUCAACAACUAUCCGGCAGCAAUGCCCGAGGACCAGUUGUGGACUGCACCCGAGCUACUGCGGGACGAGACUACAGCCUUCGUCGGAACACAGCGGGGUGACGUGUACUCUUUUGCCAUCAUAGUGCACGAGAUAUUCUUCCGCACAACUCCCUAUGGG